AUGAUAGAUAAUAAUCAGUGUGGGUUAGAUGUCCCUGUGCUGUCCCUGUGCUGUCCCUGUGCUGUUCCUGUCCUGUCCCUGUCCUGUCCCUGUGCUGUCCCUGUGCUGUCCCUGUGCUGUCCCUGUGCUGUCCCUGUGCUGUCCCUGUGCUGUCCCUGUGCGGUCCCUGUGCUGUCCCUGCGCUGUCCCUGUGCUGUCCCUGUGCGGUCCCUGUGCUGUCACUGUGCUGUCCCUGUGCUGUCCCUGUGCUGUCCCUGUGCUGUCACUGUCUCUGUCCCUGUGCUGUCACUGUCUCUGUCCCUGUGCUGUCACUGUCUCUGUCCCUGUGCUGUCACUGUCUCUGUCCCUGUGCUGUCACUGUCUCUGUCCCUGUGCUGUCACUGUCUCUGUCCCUGUGCUGUCACUGUCUCUGUCCCUGUGCUGUCACUGUCUCUGUCCCUGUGCUGUCACUGUCUCUGUCCCUGUGCUGUCACUGUGCUGUCCCUCUCCUGUCCCUGUGCUGUCCCUGUGCUGUUCCUGUCCUGUCCCUGUGCUGUUCCUGUCCUGUCCCUGUGCUGUCCCUGUCCUGUCCCUGUGCUGUCCCUGUGCUGUCCCUGUCCUAUCCCUGUCCUGUCCCUGUGCUGUCCCUGUGCUGUCCCUGUCCUGUCCCUGUGCUGUCCCUGUCCUGUCCCUGUCCUGUCCCUGUGCUGUCCCUGUGCUGUCCCUGUGCUGUCCCUGUGCUGUCCCUGUCCUAUCCCUGUCCUGUCCCUGUGCUGUCCCUGUCCUGUCCCUGUGCUGUCCCUGUGCUGUCCCUGUGCUGUCCCUGUGCUGUCCCUGGGCUGUCCCUGUGCUGUCUCUGUGCUGUCCCUGUGCUGUCCCUGUGCUGUCCCUGUCCUGUCCCUGUGCUGUCCCUGUCCUGUCCCUGUCCUGUCCCUGUGCUGUCCCUGUGCUGUCUCUGUGCUGUCCCUGCGCUGUCCCUGCGCUGUCCCUGUCCUGUCCCUGUGCUGUCUCUGUGCUGUCCCUGUGCUGUCCCUGCGCUGUCCCUGCGCUGUCCCUGUCCUGUCCCUGUGCUGUCCCUGUGCUGUCCCUGUCCUGUCCCUGUGCUGUCCCUGUGCUGUCCCUGUCCUGUCCCUGUCCUGUCCCUGUGCUGUCCCUGUCCUGUCCCUGUCCUGUCCCUGUGCUGUCCCUGUGCUGUCACUGUGCUGUCCCUGCGCUGUCCCUGCGCUGUCCCUGUCCUGUCCCUGUGCUGUCCCUGUGCUGUCCCUGGGCUGUCCCUGGGCUGUCUCUGUGCUGUCCCUGUGCUGUCCCUGCGCUGUCCCUGUGCUGUCCCUGCGCUGUCCCUGUCCUGUCCCUGUGCUGUCCCUGUGCUGUCCCUGUCCUGUCCCUGUGCUGUCCCUGUGCUGUCCCUGUCCUGUCCCUGUGCUGUCCCUGUCCUGUCCCUGUCCUGUCCCUGUGCUGUCCCUGUGCUGUCUCUGUGCUGUCCCUGCGCUGUCCCUGCGCUGUCCCUGUCCUGUCCCUGUCCUGUCCCUGUGCUGUCCCUGUCCUGUCCCUGUCCUGUCCCUGUGCUGUCCCUGUGCUGUCUCUGUGCUGUCCCUGUGCUGUUCCUGUCCUGUCCCUGUGCUGUCUCUGUCCUGUCCCUGCGCUGUCCCUGUCCUGUCCCUGUCCUGUCCCUGUGCUGUCCCUGUGCUGUCCCUGUCCUGUCCCUGUGCUGUCCCUGUCCUGUCCCUGUCCUGUCCCUGUGCUGUCCCUGUCCUUUCCCUGUCCUGUCCCUGUGCUGUCCCUGUCCUGUCCCUGUGCUGUCCCUGUGCUGUCCCUGUCCUGUCCCUGUGCUGUCCCUGUGCUGUCCCUGUCCUGUUCCUGUCCUGUCCCUGUGCUGUCCCUGUGCUGUCUCUGUGCUGUCCCUGCGCUGUCCCUGUGCUGUCCCUGUCCUGUCCCUGUGCUGUCCCUGUGCUGUCCCUGUGCUGUCCCUGUGCUGUCCCUGUGCUGUCCCUGUGCUGUCCCUGUGCUGUCCCUGUGCUGUCCCUGUGCUGUCCCUGUCCCUGUGCUGUCCCUGUCCUGUCCCUGUGCUGUCCCUGUCCUGUCCCUGUCCUGUCCCUGUGCUGUCCCUGUGCUGUCUCUGUGCUGUCCCUGCGCUGUCCCUGCGCUGUCCCUGUCCUGUCCCUGUCCUGUCCCUGUGCUGUCCCUGUCCUGUCCCUGUCCUGUCCCUGUGCUGUCCCUGUGCUGUCUCUGUGCUGUCCCUGUGCUGUUCCUGUCCUGUCCCUGUGCUGUCUCUGUCCUGUCCCUGCGCUGUCCCUGUCCUGUCCCUGUCCUGUCCCUGUGCUGUCCCUGCGCUGUCCCUGUGCUGUCCCUGUCCCUGUGCUGUCCCUGUGCUGUCCCUGUCCUGUCCCUGUGCUGUCCCUGUGCUGUCCCUGUGCUGUCCCUGUGCUGUCCCUGUGCUGUCCCUGUCCCUGUGCUGUCCCUGUGCUGUCCCUGUCCUGUCCCUGUCCCUGUGCUGUCCCUGUGCUGUCCCUGUCCUGUCCCUGUGCUGGAGAAUAG